AUGCCACCACUCCUCGCGUCUUCCUAUGCCGCCAUGGUAAGCACGGGGAAACUAAUCGACCCCGGCAUCGCCGCCCGGGUUUUCGUGAGCCCUCGCAAGCGCGCGCAGACAACAUACGGCCUUUUGUUUGGUUUUGAUGUCUCCCAUUCGCAGGUGGUGGCAGAGAAAGUCACGGUGACGGAAGAGACUGCAGAUUGGAACUAUGGUGACUACGAGGGACUUCUCACAAGCGAAAUCCAAGAUUACCGGCGAGCGAAAGGCCUAGAUUCUGACUGCGACUGGGACAUAUGGCGAGACGGGUGCGAAGGCGAAGAAUCAGUGCAGGAAGUAACCAAUCGCCUCGACCAUCUUAUUACGAAGAUUAACGACAUCCAUCGCUCAUGUAUUAUGCAUGGAGAGGCUCCGGCUGAUGUUGUUCUUCUGGCCCAUGGACAUAUCUUGCGCACAUUCGUCAAGCGCUGGCUCCGGAUUCCGAUGGCAGAUCAAUUCUCUAUUAUGAUGCCUUCAGGUGCAAUAGGAAUUCUCAGUUAUGACGAUCAUAUGAUCAACAAACCGGCUCUACUCGUUGGCUUAGCACCACAAUCAGAAAAAGGCAUUGCCAACUAA